AUGGGUGGGGACUGGUCGGUCUUGGAUGAGCUCGCUGUCAUCUUCCAUAUCUUCGUUCCAAAAUCGGCAGGUGCUCCUCCAAGUAAGUGGCUACACAUCAAGUGGUUCCCGAAAGAUUCCCCGUUCUACCGUAACUACAUAAUUGCAACCAGCGCUGAAUGGGCAAUGAUGUUAGUGAUGCAAGCGUUCUUUUUGUCGCUUGUGGUGGAGUUACGCUACGCUUACGCGCAUCCUCCUCGAGUUAGUUUUAGGCGAAAGCCUGACGAAGAUGAAGGUCUGAGAGGCUGGAUAGAUGUCCAACGCGACGUGGGGGUUGUACACGUGCCGGCAACGCAGUCGUCAACACAAAAAGUCGUUGGGAACCCGCAUCAAGCAAGUGUAGUCGGAUCUGCGUCUGCAGGAAAGGCUGUCGUUAGGCCAGCACAGGAAAACCGUGGACACAUGGAAAUUCUUGAUCCGCGCACACCACACAGUGGCCCAGAGUGUCGUUAUUGCGAUGAGCUGCUCAAGCGUGGUUCUAAAAAAAUUUUUCCUCGACGUACACAAACAAAUUUCUUCCUGAAAACCGAACUUUUCGGCUGCUGCUCUCGGUUAUUUGCUGAACAGGGAGAGAAAAUCCUCAUGAUUUUCCCAGAAGAAACUUUUGGAAAGGUCAGAAUGCAUUCUAUGGUCCUAAGUCAUGGUUGGCUAGCACCAGUGGCAGCAGUGUGCUGCACGCUCACGGCUGCGUUUAGCGGAUACAUCAUAGGAGUAACUGAGGGACACUUCAAUGCUGUUCUCCCCUUCAUAAGCACUGCUGGCUGUUUUCUUCCAGAAGCUUCGAUAUUCGCCCAAUUUCUCAACAUGGCCUCUUUUUUUAUGAUCAUCAUGUUCUACAUGAGACAUCGUCAAACGGUGGAAUAUUACGGACAUCGACUGGAGUGGGAAGAAUCGGGAUGGCGGAAAAUGUCAUUAGUAUUGAUGGGGAUAGGAAUUAUGAGUGCAGUUGGAUUAACGAUAGUUGCAAACUUUCGCGUGUGUGAAAUGGGUUUGGUGCAUGCCAUUGGGGCUUUAAUGACAUUCUUUGCAAUAUUGGUUUACUGCUGGGGUCAGGUGAUUCUCAGUUAUGCGCUAGUACCACGAAUGGCUUCAAUGCCAGUGAACCAUUUUCGCUUCGUCGUUGUGACACUAGCAACAUGUUUUCUCAUUUUACAUGAACUUGCCACCUUUGGUCGCAUCUUUGUUCCAAAAUCGGCAGGAGAUCCACCGAAAGGAUGGAUAAAUUUCAAGUUUUUUCCGAAGGACUCACCGUUCUAUCCGAAUUUCCUAGUGGCAACUAGUGCCGAAUGGGUAAUGACAAUAAUGGCACAGUUAUUCUUCUUAUCAUUUGUGGUUGAACUACGCCACGCCUACGUCCACGCCUCUCAGGUGAUCUUCAAACGAAGCAACCACGAGAAUAGGGGAAUAACUGAGCGGUCAGACGCACGUACUAGUGUGAGAAUAACAAAACGCUCGUCAUUGGAUCAGGUUGCCGGCGAUUAG